AUGGAGAGCCACGUGGAUUUGAAAUCGAUGUAUACUGAUCUUGUGAAGAACCUGAAUUGUGCGAUCUGUCAGGAUGUACUGAAAGAUGCUAGGGAUCUAUCAUGUGGCCAUACCUACUGCCUGGGAUGUAUUCAAGAGCUGGUAGCCAUAAAGGGUUGGACGUCUAAAAUCAAAUGCUGUCUCUGCCAAAAGGAGACCAGUAUCCCCUCUUUGGGCUUGACCAGUCUGAAGCAGAACUACAAGCUCAACUGCAUCCUCGAUGAGCAGGCAGGUAUCAUGAAAAGAAUGGUCGCCGAAAAGGCCUCUGCCACUGAGGCAAGGAAAACAGUGCAGAUCUGGGUGCGUGACCUCGAGGGCAAGUCACAAUCCAUCCACGUUCGCUUGUCAGACACGGCAGACGCCCUCAAGCGACAGGUCGCGAAGAAGACCGGCAUCCCAUCCAAUGUACAGCGUCUGAUUUAUAAGGGCAAGCAGGUGAACGGCUCAACGACUCUGGAGGAGUAUGAAAUAAAACAACACUCUACCAUCGAGCUCGCACUUCCUCUCAAAGGAGGGAACGUGACCCAUUAA